ACAGUUAGUACUUCAUACUCUUUACAACAAGUUAGAAUGAUGCUGGAUGUUGAUAACUUGACACAGACUGGGCUUAUUUGGACCUCUCUCACCUAAAUUCAGUGGUUAGAGAUCUUAACUCGCUUAAUAAAUUCCAUCAGUUUGCAAAUGGCAAAGAUUUUUAGGCUAAGCUUGAGGCAGUAACUCUUGCAAAUGGUUUAUGGUGCGUAUUAUGAAAACAAAUUUUUCUUUUAAUCUAAGAAAAAUUUUAUAAAACUCAGUUGAUGGAGGCUGUGUAUUCAGGUUAGUUGGGAAGAGAGUGAGGAAGGUUACAAAUAGUUUGAUCUAUCACUUAAAUUUGCAUUUUUAAAAGACUGUAAUAGGAGAUCAUGCAAAUGCUUUCAGACUUCUGUUCUAACAAAUCUGCUGCUGCAUAAAUUAAAAUGGUCUUGUAAAGGGGGAUCUCUAACAAUGUUUUUAAAAUUGCCUUCAGGAAUUUGCUAUAAAAUACUUUUCUUAUUACUACUUUGGAGUUAAAGCUAUCCACAGGUAGGUAGCAACUAGAAUGUUGCUUUGAGAUUCACAGAAUUUGAUAAUACUUAACCUUGAACAAAGGUAAGGUUUGUCAGGAGAGCAGAGAGGGAAUAUAACUAAUAUUUACCUGUUUUCUCCUGAGAAAAUCUGGUGUUGCUCAUUAUGAAUUUCUUAUCUGUAAAAGCUUUGACUUCUGUUUUGGGAACAUGUAUUCUGGUUGGAAGUUUAAUAGAAAAUUAAAUAUAAUUUUCCUGUUCUUCUGUGCAUCUCUUCCUUGGAUUUGUAAACAUAGAUUUCAUGGUCAUGCACUAAAUUGAGUAUUUUAUACAGAUUGUCACUUAGGGCUUCCAUGGUCAUCCAUUUUUUUCCUUCCUCAGCUUCUGCCCAUAGAUGCUUCAUCAACUCUGUCUCAGUCCAUUAGACGCACUUGCCAUACGUGGGUCAGGACUGAGGAACUUCCACAUCUUUCAUCAUAGAGAUGUCACCACCAUCACCCUGCUGAGGCCCAGGUUGUGCUGCAGCACCAGCUGGGCCCCACUGGCCUGCCUCCUCCUGGCUAUACCAUGCUGUGGGCAUGGUGCUCACAUGCUGCCACCUUGGUGUGUGCCUAAGAGCCACGCUUCUGUGCUGUUCGUGUGAGUGUCCCUGGAGACACCUGAGGUCAGGCUGCUGGGGCUGUGGGCACCUGAUGGAGCUGUGAGUGUCCCUGUUCAGUGUGGGGAGGAUUGGACUAAAUGGCCUUUAAAGGUUCUUCCCAGCACAAACGAUUCUAUGAUUCUGCUAUUAUAAACACUCAUAAGAAUAUAGUACUAUAUUACAAUGGAAUUAAAAACUCCUCAAAUACAAAUUGUAUUGUGAUUGAAAUUGCUGUUGGCCUAGCUAGUUAACAGAAGGAACGCACUGCAGGUGUGUUCUGUGAUCUUCCUUCCUAAUAAUACAUUAAAUGCGUGCCAUAUGAUUUGAGAACAUUAAGACUUUACUGCUCGGAUAACUUGGAAGAUAUUUUCUUGGGAGGCCUGAAAUGAAUAUUAAUCCCAUUUCAGUGCAGCCUUGGUUUUAAGAUUAUGUUUACCCUUUGUCUCACUGUACUAUUCUGCAGUUACGAUUCAGUUUCACUGCACAAAUUCUUCCCUCUUACCGUCCGCAGAACUCCAUCCCUACCCAUAAGCAGCUGCAUGAGCAAGGCAUAGGCAGAGUCUGCACUGAAUGCAGUGAAUCUUAUGCGUUCCUAAGAGAAACACUACGGAAAGAAUGCGUAAGAAGUUCUGUAAUUCCAUCCAUGUUUGAGACUGAGCAGACCACCCCCAGACUCCCCAGUGCGAAGGAGAGUGUGUGCCCACAGGACGCCAUGUCCUGGAAUGGUUUGGGAACUUAUGUGCCCUCCACUGGGCACAGAGCUGUCCUUCUGGAUGCUCAACUGGGAAAGGAACCAACUGCCUGCAGGCAUGGCUCUGCAUUUGCAUGGCUCUUCUCAAUCCUCUGCAAUUGAGAGAGGCACAGAUACCAGUAAUUGCCUCUACAUUUUUCACUGUGGAACUGACAAGGAUUAACACAUCCUUAGCAAUGGGAUUCUUCUAUCAUGAAUACUCAUGCUCCCAUUUAACUGGUGUGUUUUUCUUUCCAAUUUUCCCAAUGCUAUCUUUUUUAGACAGUAGGUGAUGGAGCUGUUGCAGCUAUUUAGGUUAAGGUGUGCUAUUUACAAGGUUUGUUUCCCAGCUUUCUGCCACCUGCUCGUUCCCAACAAAGAAGAUGCAUUAUCCUCACAAAUCCCAGUGCUCCUCAAGAGCCAUCUCAUGUGGGAGAAGGUGAGCAGGUUAAAGAACACAAAGGAAAACCUGUGUUGCUGAGAAACAGGGACAGACAGUGACCGCUUGUUGGAAUAAUAUCAGAUAAGUAUUUUGAGAUCCCAAACGUAACAGAAAUAGCUUUUAUUAUUGUUACUGUUAUUAUGUUAAGGAAGCUACCGUGAAAUUUGUGGGUUUUCUUUUGUAAAAGAAAUGUUAGUUCUAAGUAGUGACUGCUGUGAAAAGACUUUUGCUUUGUUAUCUCCAAAAGGAAUUACUUGCAAAAUUAUCAUCAACACUGGGGGGCUGCAUAACAAUGUUUCCUGAAGAUCUAUGAAGUUGUCUCAUUGAGAAUGCUCAGACUUAGCAAAAUACACCAUCUAGUGACAAAAAUAUGAAAUUUUCUCACAGUCACUCAAAAACAGUUAAGAGAAAGACUGCAUCAGAUACUGCAGUCCUGGAGCACACAAUCUCACAAGCUUGCCAUGUUACUUUGUACAGUUGUCCAACACCUUAAUUUGCCUUCUGUUCUUCUCUAGAAAUACAGUAAUACACCAAUUUGUUGAAUACUUCCCACAAUUUACACAUCUUUAUGUUACUACACAGACAGCUUGUUUUUCCUCCCACGAGGUUAGCUAAUAUGGUGUUCAAAUAUAUGAGAUCUGUCCUGUAGGCAACUCAUAUGAAGAAGUAAAAAGAUAUUUGUAACACUUUCCAUUUUAGUAUAACAGUGUGCUUCACUGAUGCUGUUACCUUCUGGGCAGAGUCCAAGAGCUUCAGAGGUAGUGAACUCAUUAACAAAGAAGCAGUCAUGAAGUUCAAUCACAUCAACAUUGGCAGGUUUUAGGCUGCAGGAUGAGCUGGGCCAGGCCACGUAUGGGCUGCAGGCUUUGCCCCUAUAUGGCAUGGCAGAGCACACUGAAGAGCACUGGGAGUGCUCUAAUAGAUGCUGGAGUACACUGGGUGUUCCUGGAAGGCCUCUAGGGCACCUUAGAGCUCUCUUGAGGGGCUGUAUUUGUACUACAGUGGUCUUGAGUAAGCUUGGGGAGUCCUGGGAUUCCUCUGUUCCACACUAGGAUGUCUUUAUGGCACUCUACAGUGCACUUAAGUUAUGGGAGCAUUCUAGUGUGUCUUAGACUACAGUGGGAGGACCUGGGUGCCCUCUAGGGUACACUGGGAAGCCUCCAGUACGGCUUAGAGCACAUUCAGGGUCUCUGGGAGCACUCUAGCAUGCCCUAGGGUACCCUGGGGGCUCUGUGGAGUCCUCUCAGUGCACACUAGGAAGCUUCUAGGACAAACUACAACUCUGAGGGUAUAUUUAUUGACCCAGGAAGGUCUCUACAGUCUGUAGAAAGCAGUGAGGUUUCUUCGGAGUCUUAUGGCAUCUGAGAGUACAGAAGGGGGCUAUAAAACAUGCUGGGCAGUUGCAGGAAUCUUCUACGGUGUCUAAGAUACACUGGGGUGCCUUGCUGGCCUCUAGGGCAAAUGGGGACACCUUUAGUGCACCCUACAGCACAGGGACAAGCUCUGCGAUUUUGCUAGCUCUCUGCCCAUCUCUACUCACCAGCAGUAGUGAAGUGAGAUGGUGGGGAACACUGAGGAACGGCGACACAAAAUAAGCCAGUUUUUGGGGCUGCAGUACUGUGUAGCCAUGCUGGGUAUCCUGUUGGGGAGAGGGGUCAAUGACUUGUGUGUUACGGCCUUUCCAAAGGGUCAGAAAGGGCUCUGUCCCUGUAGGCCUGUUGGGACAUACAGCUCUGAGCCGCUAAGGCUGCCGUGAUCCCAGUACAGGGUCAGUUCUAUAGGGCCUGGAGCUGCAGCCCUCAUAUGCCCAGUUCAUAUGACAGCUGUUUAAACUGUCACCUCCUUGGAACAGGAACUCCAUCGCUUCCUGUUUCACAGAGUGCUGAGCUGGAUGUCAGCUCUUGUUAAAUGGAUGAGAAUAAGAUUGCAAUUAGCCUGGUGGAUAAAAGGCAGGAAAAAGUCUCAACUAUGAGAAAUCAACCCUUGUGGAAGCAAACCACAUGUGGAGAGCAAAUGCUGGAGAAAGAAAAACAGCAAAACACAAGAAGUGGAAAAAAUUCACUUAUUACCUAAGUAAACAGCAGGGUAAUUUGUUGGAGUAACAGCAUGAGCUGUUCUGUACUGUAUAUCUGUAACAAGAAUUCAUUGCUGAGAGAAAGGCAGAUGAGUUUAUAAGACACUGUGUGGUUGUUCUGGGAAAUGUUAGUUAUUUACUGUUGGUAUAGUAACAGAAUUAUCCUAGUAAUGCUGCAGCAAGCUAAAAGGAACAUGUGUAGCAUAAAGCAAGUGCAAAAUAUGCUGGGUCUGUGUCCCAUAUUUCAGGUAGAUUAAAAGCAGUCAUGGAUUCUUUUAUUAUUAUUAUUAUUUUUGAAUAGUACAUAUCCUCUGGGAGAACAAACAUCUUAAAAUUCAUUUGGAUCAACACACAGAUGCCAAUAGGCAGUUGGCCAGGCUCUGCUGUGCAUACUUAGGUUUGAAAAAUACUUCCUUUCCUGCCUUGGAGACAAAAACGCCUUUUACUCUCAGUGUUUUGAUUGUUCAUUUUUUAAAGCAAAUGACAGCAAGUUACUUAAAAAAUUGUUAAUAGGCUUUGUUCUCUGCUUUCAAUUAAAGGCACAGUGUCAGCACACAGCACUGGAGCCUUGAGGAAUGUCAGUGUUUCUGUAGAGUCUUGUUUAAAUUGGGUAAAUAAAGCUGAAAGUAAAAAUGUUUUAUGACAUGUUGUUACGACUAAAACUUAACCCUCCUGACUGCCUCGUGCCUCGCUCCAUGCUUAUCUCAAGUAAGCUGAGGUAAUGCUGCCAACUAAGCCAGCGUUCUUGCACCUUCCUAAAUAUGCUCAUGCCUUGAUAGAUCUGCUUACACCUUCUGUUCUCUUCCCUGUUGUUUCUUGACUGAGAUGUGCUUUAUUUGUUUAUGCUGUCCAUGCAAUCUGGAGAAGUGACCGUACCAGAAUUUAAACUGAAUUCUCAGCUUCAUGUUUUGAACCUGAAUGUUGCUUUGUUUAGACUGCAGCUACCACCGCAGGGAACACGCGGGGGCACAAAGACUUGAGUCGGACUGGAGAUUCUGAAUGCAACUGACUCUAAGUUGUGAGUCCUGCAGUGGAAUUUCUUUCCUCUGAAAGCACCAGAAAGCUGUAGUGACAGAAGCAGUGUCUGCCUUACACCACGCUGGGCACAGCCCUCGGCUUAGUGGUGGAUCAGAACACUUUGGGGGCGAUGCCAGCCGGCGGCCGGGAGCUGCUGGUGCUGGGGCUGCUGGCGCUGGGCUGUGCCGCCGCCAACGACUUCCCCGAGGGUGUUGUGGGGAGGAGGCGCCCACCAGGCCCGGCCCCCGGCUGCCCCCGUGACUGCGGCUGCACCCAGGAGGGCGUCGUGGACUGCGGUGGCAUCGACCUGAAGGAGUUCCCGCUGCUGCUGCCUGAGCUGACCAAUCACCUCUCGCUGCAGAACAACCAGAUAGAAGAAAUCUUUCCAGAAGAGCUUGCUCGUCUUCACAGACUGGAAACUCUAAAUUUGCAAAACAACAGGCUGACUUCAAAAGGGCUGCCAGAGGAAGCAUUUGAGCAUCUGGAGAACCUGAAUUACCUAUACUUGGCAAACAAUAAGCUAACAGUGGCUCCAAAAUUCCUACCAAAUACCUUGAUCAGUGCAGAUUUUGCAGCCAAUUAUCUCACUAAGAUAUAUGGGCUCACAUUUGGACAGAAACCAAACUUGAGAUCUGUUUACCUUCAUAACAACAAACUUUCAGAUGCUGGCUUACCUGAUAAUAUGUUCAAUGGCUCUAAUAAUGUAGAGAUACUCAUCAUGUCCAGCAAUUUCCUGAAAUAUGUUCCGAAGAAUCUCCCUCCAGCAUUAUACAAAUUGCAUUUAAAGAACAACAAGCUAGAGAAGAUUCCCAAAGGAGCCUUCAGUGAACUUACAGGCCUGCGGGAGCUGUACUUACAGAAUAACUACUUGACUAAUGAAGGAAUGGACAACGAAACUUUCUGGAAACUGUCUAGUCUUGAAUAUCUGGAUUUGUCCAGCAAUAACCUCUCACAAAUCCCAAGUGGUUUGCCUAGAAACAUCGUCCUCCUUCACCUGGAGAAGAAUGCAAUUAAGGUGAUUGGCAGAGAUGUCCUGACCCAAAUUAAGAACCUUGAGUACCUCCUGCUCCAUAAUAACAAAUUAAAAGCCCGAGGUAUUCACCCAUCAGCAUUCCAUGGCUUGAAGAAACUGCACACUGUCCAUCUGUACAACAACCUCCUGGAAAGGAUUCCCAGUGGGCUGCCUCGACGAGUGAAGACACUCAUGAUCCUGCAUAACCAGAUCUCUGAGAUUAACAGGAAUGACUUUGCUACCACUUACUUCCUUGAAGAGCUGAACCUGAGCUACAAUAAGCUCAAAAGUCCCCAGAUCCAUCGGGAGGCCUUCCGUAAACUGAGGCAACUAAAGUCCUUGGAUCUUUCUGGAAACAACCUCAACACGGUGCCCUAUGGCUUUCCAAAGAACUUGCAGGUUCUGAAGCUGAAGGAAAAUGAGAUAAGUGACAUCCCAAAAGGGACUUUGUCUGGGAUGACAAAACUGCGGGAAUUGUACUUGAGCAACAAUAAACUGAAAGUAAACUCCAUUUAUUCAAGAGCGUGGAAGGAGCUCAGCAGUCUCCAGUCACUCGACAUGGCUGGCAACCAGCUCACUUCGAUCCCAUCAGGCCUGCCAGAAUCUCUGGAGUAUCUGUAUCUUCAGAACAACAAGAUCACAGUUGUUUCAGAGAAUGUUUUUGAGUCCACACCCAAACUAAAGGGAAUUUACCUCAGGUUUAAUAAAAUUGCAGUUGGAGCACUGAAGGUAAAUACCUUCCAAAGUCUGCAGCACUUACAAGUACUGGAUAUUGAAGGGAACCUUGAAUUCAGCAACACUUCAAAGAAUAAGGAUGACUCAGAAGAGGAGCUAGAAGAUGAGGAAGAUGAGGAAAACUGAGAUAAAAUGUGAACUCACACAGGCACACCAUUGGAAGCGAAGCAUAUGGAAAAUUACAUAUAUUUCUAUGUGUAUAUAUCUAUAUAGAUAUAUAUAUAGAACACUUAGCAGAAUGUGCAAUGAAUUAUACAGAAACUGUCAUGGCACUGGGCCAGGCUUAUGGAAGACAGUGUGUUGCAGUGCCUUAUUCAGGGAGAGACCCUGAAUGCCUUUCCAAAGCUUCCAAAUCAUCUUAUACAAGACCCAGGAUCAUAAGGGAUUGCUUUGGAACUCACAAAAGCUGGCUUUUGUUCCUUGUUUCUCUUCCUUCACUGUUUCCAUCUGUAAUAACAAUAUGGGACUGUUUUGAACACAUGCCUUCAAAUGCUGUUUUUGUCACUGUAUUUUAAGUGAAUUAUGUAUUAUGCUUCUUUUCUUUUCUUGCACCCCAAAGAAGCUGUUGUUGAUCAGACGAGAUGGUUAUUUGCAGUAGUUUUAUGUGUGGAGCAGUAUAUGAAGCAUUUGGGUCAUCAAGCAGCAGCAAUAAGUCUGGAUUAAACUAUUCAUCUGUUAGAACAAUGUGUAUAUUUGGAUGAGAAAAACAAAAUAAGGCUGGAUCCCAUAGUAUUUUAUCUCUACUGCCACUGCCUGCAGUAUAUGCCUAUUUUAGAAAGUUUUUAAGAUACAAUGAUUGGUCCUAUGAAUAUAUAUAAAAGAAACCUCUGUCUACUUUCCAAAGGUUUGGUAUAGUUUGUGCCUUGCUGUUGUUUGACCACGUGGCAGUUGUGUGAAUGUCUCGGAAGAUAUGUCCAGAAGACUGAAUAUCAGUAUGCAGUAUGAUAUAUGCAGUAGAAUUUUUUUUACAUAUUUUAUAUCAUUUAUGUUAAGAGUCAGAAGUGAGACUAAUGAAGCAAAAGAGAUGAGUGAGUGGAAACUGUGAAGUGUCACCAGAAAUGUCUUUGCUUAUUUCAAGUCUUGUGACACUCCAUGUUCUCAUAAUCUCUUAAUUUAAACCCUCACUGUUGAGUAUAUUCAGCUCCUGUCCAAAUCAUGGAAAAUAAAGAAACCAAGGAAAAGAAGAUUUA